AUGCUGGCAGGGGCUGGCUUGAAGGGGCGUGGUGGGAUUCCCACCAUUGCUCGACGACAUUUGACUGCUUUCCCUCGCUCCAGCCGAUCGAUCUCUUCGUUCAGACCUCAGAGCUCGAGAUUCUCUGUGCACUAUGGAGGGUCUACCCAGACACUUUCUGGAAAAAUAUCAUGGAAGCCCGUCGCCUCCAUACCCGGAGUCAUAUCCGCAAGGUUCAACUCGACAUCUUCCGCAACCGAUGCCACUGCGAGUGAGCAUUUGUCGAAUCCUCCUAUCGAUGCGGGUGUACCUGACCUUUCUGAUCUGUCUGCCGCUGAUCUCAGCUCAAUCCCCGAGCACAUCGGAUACCUCAAAGACCUAGGGCUCGACUACGGCUGGGGCCCGUCGUCAAUCAUCCAGUUUGUCAUUGAACAUAUCCACAUAUGGGGAGGCUUGCCCUGGUGGGCAAGUAUCGUGGGAACCGGACUUCUCCUCCGUUUAGCACUUCUGUAUCCUACGCUGGGCGCUGUGGACACCUCGACCAAAAUGCUCAAUAUCAAGCACAUCACGGAACCUAUGCGUCAGCAGAUGAUGAUGCGCGGAAGGGAUGGCAACCAAAUAGAAAUGUUGAAACUCCGAGCCGAAAUCCAGAAGAUUCACCACGAGCACGGUAUCAAGUCAUGGAAGUCCUUCAUUCCCAUGCUUCAGAUCCCCUUUGGUUUCGGUUGCUACAGAGUGGUCAAGGGUAUGGCAGCCUUGCCAGUGCCAGGGCUGGCCAUGGAAUCAGUUGCUUGGCUGAAGGAUCUUACCGUUCCCGACCCGUUCUUCAUACUCCCCGUUGCGUCGUCUUUGUUCAUGUACCUGAGCAUCCGGAAAGGAGGCGAAAAUGGCGUGAACCAGCUCAAGGGCACAACGUUAGGCAGUCUCGUCAUGUUUGGGUUGCCUGCCAUCUCCUUUUUCUUUAUGGUCUUCUUCCCCGGUGCCCUCCAGCUCUAUUUCGUGACGACUGGUCUAUUCGGUCUGGGACAAGCCUACCUUCUCAGCUCUGACAACUUCAGAAAAACGAUGAAUGUCGCCCUCCCUCAAAGACAACCUCAGAUUGGGCAAUCCCCCGGUCAUGGUGAUUCGCAGCAGAGCAAGGCGAUCCGCAUGCUUCGUGAGCAUCUGGAGGCCGAAAGAGCCAAGAUGAUUCAGGAAGAGCACAAGUCGCCUAAGAGUGUGGAGAUUAGCUUUAUUGAUCGCGCCUUGAACAACCUGAAGGAGGCUAAGGAGAACAUCAAGCGUGAAACAACGGAGAAAUUGGGUCAGGGCCCCUUGAAGAACGCGGAUGGGACUCCCGCCGAGCCUCCCCGGCUAAGCGAGAAGGAUCUCAAGUUGGCAGCCGACUACGAGAGGAGAAGGAAGGAGGAAGAGGAAUGGAAGCGGGAGGAGAGGAAUCAUGCUCGCCGCGAGGCUCACCUGAAGGCCUUGGAGCUCGAAAGAGAAAAAGCUCGCUCAGCGUUCAAAGUCAAGCAAAGGUGA